CCAUGACACUCUUCACCAUGACACCCACCGAAGUAAGAAAUUUAUUUUUGAAACCUCCCAAAAUCUGCUGCCCUAAAUUCCCGCGCGCGCGGAAGCAAACCAGCACGUGGCCGGGCGCGUCCAUCCUCGCGGCGGGUGUAAACCGCGCAUAGAGAUUACAUAACGCUCGGCGCGGCAACACGCCGCCGCGUUGGGGCCGCAGCGCCGCACAGCGAGCAGACGCCAGCCAGCUUCGCCGCGCCGCAGCCAUGAGCCGCCUGGCCCCCGCCGCCGCCGCCGCCAUCGUCAUUGCCGUCGCCUUGGUUUGCGUCACCUCCGCGUCUGAGGAGUGGACGCGUCCUGAAGGCUGCCUUCAACCUGCAGAAACUGGUGUUUGCGAGGCACUUAUCUACCGCUACGCAUACAAAGUUUCUUCAGACCAAUGCGAACAGUUCGUCUUCGGAGGUUGUGACGCAAACUUUAACAACUUCGAAUCUCAAGAAGAAUGUGAACAAACCUGUAAACCACCACCAUCGCCGCCGUCGGAUGACGAAUGAGAGUUAGUGAACUCAACGAAAUUCCUGCAGGCUGAAAAAACGUUGAACAUUUUAAGAAAAUAUAAUGUGAUAAUGUUUUAUAAUAUUUACAAUUCACGUGAAAAAUCUAAUUUGGACCCAAGAAGGUGAUUUUUUGUGACUAAUAAUGUCAAAAGGGUAGAAAUAUUGUUUUCCACUGCGAUUAAAAUAUAUUUUAUGUAAGUUAAUUAAAAUACACGAUUAUUUUUCAAAUAUUUUCAAUUCAACUUUGUUGUUUAAGAUUGCUUUUCAGGUUACGUUUUUAAAUCAGUGCAAUAGACACUAAAUAAAAAGUUGCAACAUCUGAUAAGUAUAGGUUAGUGAGCCGACAGAAAAUAAUGCAGAAAAUAAUAAUGUAUAUUUUUUCUAAGGAUUGGGGAAGUAACUCUCCUUUUGAAAUACUCUCUCCAUGUACACAAAGUGUCUCCACACCCUCUCUUCUAAAAUUAAAAAUCUUUUAGUUUUUAGUUGUUCGUUCAGAUGAUAAAACUCGAUAUUGAGAAACGAAUAUUAGUUGAACCAUCGUGUGGUUCAGUACAUUUGGUUAGUGGUUAUGCGUCUGUGUCCGUGAACUGUAAUUAAAUACUCGUAGUUUUCUUGCCAAAGAGGUUGACAUGCCUUUCUUAAAUGAAUGGUUUAUUGGAUGGCUGAUGGGUAACAAUAUGAAGGGUUCGGGGGUGAAACAUGGUAACCGGGCGGAAACGAUUGGGAGCAGGUAAGCAUAAGAUUGUAAAUAUUUUUGCUCGGAACUGUUUAAAUGAGGUACAUGAAAUGACUAUAGACGCCUAACAACAACUAUACGUCAUUAUUUGAACAAUUUAAAAAUCACAGUGCAUGGAAAGC